AUGUCUUCUCCACAGGCUGUACCGGCUACGCCUCGAGUCAUCUCGCCGUCGCCUACUCCGUCAGACGCCUCAGAACAAAGAGAUGGAUACUUUGCUCCUGUGACGCGCUCCGCAGCCCGCCGCCAGCGUUUGAAUAAUGACACUCAGUCUAUCCCCGAGGAAGACUCAAAUAAUGACUCUGAACAUCAAUCGCAGUCUGGUCCGCGGAAUCCGUCUUCACGGUCUGGAGCUGCAGGAACCGCUAGAAGGCGCGGUUCGACGAAGAAGACACCCAAAUCGGCAACGUCGCCAGUAGUGAAAUCGCAGCCUUUAGUCGGAAACAACGGAAAACCAUCAUCUUCUUCAAAUGGCUAUCUAUCUCCCUACACAAACCUACAAGACCGCUGGCGAGAUUUGUCGAGGUCGCCGUCACCACUAGGACUCAUACCUUUACAUCAGAAUUACCGCACUUUUAUCCACAAGCAUGAAAUACCACGCAAACUUCUACAUGUCUCUAUAGGUUUUGUGGCUUUAGCGUUCUAUCGACGUGGUACUCAAACAUUUGAAAUUACGCCGUGGCUUCUUUCUGCCCUCGUUCCUAUCGCUGCCACCGAUCUGCUCCGACAUCGAUAUGAGCGCGUUAACCGCUUCUACAUUCGUUCGUUGGGCGCGCUCAUGCGCGAGUCCGAAGUCAAAGGUUAUAAUGGUGUUAUUUGGUAUCUUUUAGGUGCAUUUAUUGUACUGCGCGCAUUCCCCAAGGACGUUGGCGUUAUGGGAGUUUUAUUAUUGAGCUGGUGCGACACCGCUGCAUCCACUUUUGGUCGUCUGUAUGGUAAAUACACCAUCAAACUACGCCCAGGGAAGAGUCUCGCAGGCACAGUCGCCGCUUUCUUUACUGGUGUAGCUACUGCACUCUUUUUCUGGGGCACAUUUGUCCCUAGCGUUGGAGCAUUCCCCAACGACCCCGAAGAUGCUUUCAUGUUCACCGGUCGACUCAACUACUUCCCAGAGUCGAUCAGGAACCUAAUUGGUUGGGCUAGCAAUGGUGAUCAAAGCAGUAUCAUCACAGGCCCCUUGGCGCUUGGUGUUAUGAGCGCUGUUUCUGGCAUUGUUGCCGCUGGAAGUGAAUUCGUUGAUCUUUUCGGUUGGGACGAUAAUCUCACCAUACCCGUUUUGAGUGGGUUAGGGUUAUGGGGAUUUCUCAAAUUCUUUGGUUGA